AUGCCGGUGCGCGCAUGCGGGGCUGUGCGGCAAGUACACGCGAGCAGUUUCUUCGGGCUGGUGCUGGUGCUGCCCCUCGUGGUGGCGCUCAGCGAGGUUUUCACAGCGAACCCUCUUCGUGGCCGGUAUGCCCGAAGCGCGUUUGCAGGGCAGCCUUGGCAGAGACGGGCUCUUCGCUCCAUCCGCAGGGCUCUGGGACCAGGCAGCUGUGCUCGUUGGUGGUGGUGCGGUGGUGCUGGAGAUGAGAGCGAGGAGGAAAUCAUGGUCUUUGUGCCGAUUCCUGCUGAUGCCGCAGUCGACGACGUUGUGGUGAAUAUUAGGCCGACAUCGUUGACAAUCGGUGUCAGGGGUGAGAUGCCCGUGCUGGACGGUCCUCUGUGGAAGGGCAUCAAGGCAGACGAGUCUGGAUGGGUUAUUGAUCAAGAACGUGGACAGCGCUGUGUCAUCGCGACGCUGAUUAAGAGAGACGUGUGGAUUGACUAUGACUAUCUUCUCAAGUCUCACGCUGAGGGAGCAGCCGGGGAUUCGAGGCUCAGAGUUGUACAGAUCCAAAUUCAAAUCCAGCCCUGCAGUCUGCGGCACAUUCUUGCAAAAUGUCCCGUGGAAGCAACCACUGAACCUACUCGAGACAUUGAGCGUUGCAGGCAUGCCGUGAGAUCGGAUUUGAUGAAGAUCUGCCUGCUAUCGCCACUGACGGCGGCGUCGGCAGUGGCGUCCUGCCUUCGACAAACGGGCCCGCUGCUGGUGCAAGUGGCCGUGAGAAACUUCAGUGAUGUACAGCACACCGGGCUCGAUGCCGCAAGCCUCGCAGGUGCUGCGGGCUCCCAGGUUGAGGCGAUCCAACCAGCAACGCUGGCCCUUGACGAUCAUGGUCGAGUGUCAACGUUGCCUUGCCUCCGGGUGAUGGAGCUGAACCAAUCUUUCGAUAUGAAUGCCCGGUGUCCCUCCGAGUGUCCUUACAGUUCUUUAGCACCAGAUCUGGGCUUCUGCAGUGCUGCAUGCGUGCGUCCUUCAAGCUGUGCUGCUUUCAAUCCGGACGCACCGGUGGAAGAUGCCAGCCGGGGCAUUUGCCGCGGUGCCCAAGUGGACGGUUGCUUUCAGCCCAGCUUGGACGGCACAGACAGAUGCAUCACCUGCGGAGCUUGGUACGACCUCACCCCUGACGGGCAGUGCAGAGCUCGCUACAUGUGGGCGGCCUGGACUGGCUUGUGUCUCCUUGGUGCCCUGGCCUGUGCUUUGGUCGCUUACGUGGUGGAUCUUAACCUGCGUGGCACCGUGAACCCUUCGGGCUUGGCAUGUGGCCUCGCAAGCAGAUCAAUGCAGAAGUACCGCUCUGGCCCUCAACGAGACUUGUGGCCCUUGACCACGAACCUUUGUGUGACACCUGUUGGGGGUCCUGGCCUGCUGCUCUACUUCAACUUCCUAGCAGCAGUGAUCGUCUGGUCUGCAGCCAUUGGGUUUGGAUGGCUAAUCAUGGCAUAUGUCGUAGACCAAGACUUGUUGAUAUUGGGACGGAAGGAGUACGGCACCCCGUACAGGAACUGUGUCUUGGUUGCUUGGGGCUUUGUGACACAGCAGAGGCUCAUGUGGGCCAAGCUGAGCUUCUUGCUUGGUGUUUACAUCGUGACCUUCUUGGCUUGCUUGUUGCAUGGAGUUCGUCAGCGGUGCUUGUUCCAACAGAGCGAUGUGAAGGACACAAUGAAGGCUUUCGCAGCGCUGGUGAAAGGGUUGCCGGAGAUCCGUGCAUCAGAGGCCCAAGUAGAAGCUGAACUAUCUGACUUGGUCACUUCUCUGGCCGGACAGCCAGUGGUGGGAGUUUCAGUGUGCUGGAACUUCAGCAGCCAACAGGAGCAGGUGAAAGCUUUGCUGGACAAGAACCUUCCGAGCCAAGCAGUGACAGCGAGCCCGAGCCAGGAGAUGGAGAGUGAAGGCAGCCUACGAAGGGCCUUCCUCUGGGCCGAAAAGAUCUUCCUGCGAUUUUUGGAGGAGGAGGUGCAGACGGACUUCGCACAGCAGUUGUUGCAGAAGGUGCCGUCAAGUGCAGAGGCCUUCGUCGUUUUUGAGACACGCUCAUCCCGUGACAGCGCUCUUGCCACACUGCCGGGGACAGUUCAAUUCAGAGGCUCUACUCUCCGCUUUUCCGCAGCUCGUCACGAGCCGCGGGGCAUUUACUGGCAAAACUACAGCCGAUCCUCCGUGCGCGCCAAGUGCUGGAAGAUCACCAAAGGUCUUUUCUGCAUUGCCGCUGGCUUGACCACCUGGGGAUGUGUUUUCUAUUUGCCAUAUGUUUGGUCUGUCCUCACCUUCAACUACGAGGGUGGACGACAGCCCGGGCUCAUCUACAACCUAAGCUUUUCCGUGAUCGUCGUCGUUGGCAAUGCUUCCAUGUAUGAGAUCUGCGCAAGAGUUUCUGACAGCGUCGGCUUCAAGUACAAAGAGACACGGGAAGCUUGCUACAUGAUCUUGUAUUUGGUUUCCGUGUCGCUCAACAUAAUUCUGGACCUCGUGAUGACCUACCAAAUGUCUUUCGCGGUCAUGGUUCACAUGGGCUUCCGCACGCACGAUGGGACCCCUCUGUCCAAGCUUCCGUACUUUGUCCAGCGCUUCGAGGCUUAUGCCAUUCAGCGUGCGAUGGGGCAGAAUUUGUACGAGUAUGCAUUCCCUUCCACAUUUCUGGUGCCAUUUGUUUGUGAGCCUCUCGUGACGGUGUACGGCCUACUGCGUGUUGGCAUCUUGCUGGUGCGCUCGCAUCCCGAGAUGAGCCCCAUGCUUGCCACAGCAUUGCUUUCAGCCAACGACUUCGAAUUCGGCCGCUAUGCCGAUUCGCUCCUGAACAUCUCUCUCGCCGUGAUGAUGUUCUUCUUCCCAGGCGGCUACACACAUUGGAUCUUCUUGAUGCUCGCCGUCUGCCAGGUGCUGCAUCCCUUCCUGGAGAGUUGGCGAAUGAAUCCCAGGUUCUGCACGGCCCUUCUCAGUCGACUCGCCAAGCAGAGGCAAGCGGACCUGGCGCAAAAGGUACUUGGCACCAUGCGAAGCAGUGAUGUGAAGUUGAACGUGUACCACUGCAGCUCAGUGAUCAGUGCCCUCGAGAAGGUCAAUGAUUGGCGGGCUGCUUUGCAGUUGCUGGCCACUAUGGUUGACUGGCACGUCGCGCCGAAUACCUUGAGUUACAAUGCGUCGAUCAGUGCUUGCGAGAAGAGUGCGGAAUGGCAGGCGGCAUUGUGGCUGCUGCAGAGCAUGCGGGCUGUUCAGGCAGAAGCAGAUGUCAUCAGCUACAACUCGUGUAUGAGCGCAUGUGGGAAGGCUGCUCGUUGGCGGGAGGCUGUGAACCUGUUAGAGGAGCUCGUUCAGAAGGAUUCUCCCGACGUCAUCAGUUUCAAUGCUGCGAUCACUGCCUGUGAGAAGGGUGGACAGUGGAUGCGGGCACUUAAGCUCUUGCACGCCAUGCGGCCGAAUCAGCUUCCAAACGUCACGACGUACAAUGCCACGAUCAGUGCCUGCGAAAAAGGUAGUUGCGCUGAGCAUGCUUUCCACCUCCUGGAUGAGAUGAUGGAUCUGUCUCUGACACCGGACGUGAUCUCGUACAGCGCCGUCGUCAGUGCCUGUGAGAAGGACUGGCGAUGGCAAGAUGCGCUACAGGUGCUGACAGUCAUGGAUUUUCAGCUGAUUCUACCGAACCUCAUCACCUUCAACGCCGCAAUAAGUAGCUGUGCCAAAGCCGGCCGCUGGCUCGUUGCCUUGGAUCUGUUUGAGGGCAUGGCAGAAGCAGCGCUUCGUGCCGAUGUGAUCAGCUACAACUCCCUCAUCAAUGGCUUUUCCAUCGCUGCAGACUGGCAACGUGCGCUGAGUUCGCUGGAAUGUAUGGGUCACCAGCGCCUCGCACCGACAGCGAUCACCGUAAAUGCGGCCAUGAGCGCCUGCGACAUGGCCGGCCAUGCGGCGCUGUCCAUCCGCAUGUACGAAAGCUUGUUUCAGGCAGUCGCUCCGAACGAGGUCUCUUACGCCGUGGCCACCAAGGCUUACGAGACCCUGGGCGACUGGCCCAAGGCCCAAGGAGUAUUAAGAGCUAUGAGGCAGUGCAAGAUUGCACCGAGCAUUGUGUGCUAUGGUAGUGUCCUGCAAGCGUGUGCAGCAGCAGCAGAGCACCUGCAAACGCGCGACCUCCUGGAGGAUUUGUCAGGCCUAGCUGUGCAGCUCUGCAACAGAAUCGAGCGGAAAAAGGGAGCUUACAUCUACCUGCUGGACCAUUGGCGCAUUCUGCGGGUAGUACCAGCCGCCACUUUCGCAUCCAUGCAGGUGGAUUGGUGGUGCCAGGCAAUGUUGGCACCGAGCUGUGGGUUGCUUGCAGCCUGCCUCGUCUUCAAGGGCAACUGCCAGGGUGUCGGGUACUGCAUGGAAGCGCAGCACCUGAUCCUUACUUGCGUAGCUGCUGGCGUGCUUCACACGGUCGUACACGUUCUUUUGCUCCUCUUCUUGGUUCCACGCUUGGCCAAUUCAAGUGCGCCGGUGACGGCAGCUCUCCGGCCGUCCCGCUUUGAAGACGUCGCGGCUGAGGAACCGUGCACCUGGUUCUCUGCAAACCCGGUUCAUUGCCUCCGCUCCAAGUACAUCCACGGCCACUCGCCGCCCUGCAGCUUCUUCGUGCCUGGGCAGGAGCAGAUGGUGGCCAGCGCCAAGGCCGCCAAGGCCGAGGAUGCAAGCACGUUUGAGCUGCAGAUCCCUAACCUCCCUCGUCUCCAAGGACUUCGGGAGAUUCCUGGGUUCCUUUCUCGGAUUGUGUUCAGAAGCUGA